AUGUCUGAUUCGCCGAGUUCUUCCCCACCAGCACCGUCCGCAGAUUCCGCUCCGCCGCCGGAUAACUCAACCGGUGGUUCUCCUCCACCAUCGUCGGAUGCAGCACCACCUCCUAGCCCGCCGGCUGAUUCAUCUCCGCCGCCUGUAUCAUCUCCUCCGCCGCCGAGUCUUUCACCUCCACCGCCGGCCACUCCUCCUCCGGAAUCCAAUCCUCCACCUCCUCCGCCAGAUUCCACGCCUCCUCCUCCGCCGGAUGCCACUUCUCCUCCUCCACCGCCGGAGCCAACCAACCCUCCUCCACCUCCUCCUCCGGAAGAAGAGUUUGAAUCGCCACCGCCUCCUCCUCCCAAUGAAGACGAUAGCUCUCCUCCUCCACCUCCGGAACAAUUACCUCCUCCUCCUGCGCCAUCGCCGAAAAAAUCACCACCAGGACCAACAAAAGCUCCUUCAGCACCAACCAAAUCUCCUCCAGUGCCACCGCGUAACACAUCUCACGCACUACCACCAAAAUCCACCGCUGCAGGUGGACCGCUAAAAUCGCCAUCUCGGGGAGUCCCAAGCAGCGUUCCACCGUCUCCAAAUGGCGAUGGCUAUCAAGGGAAGACUAUGGUGGGAAUGGCAGUAGCCGGAUUCGCAGUCAUUGCUUUAAUCGCCGUCGUGUUCUUAGUAAGAAGAAAGAAAAAGAGAAACAUAGAUGCUUACAAUGACUCACAAUACAUGCCUCCAAAUUUCUCAGUCAAAUCAGAUGGAUUUUUAUACGGUCAGAAUUCGACAAAAGGAUACUCAGGUCCUGGUGGUUACAAUUCACAGCAACAAUCGAAUACCGGAAACAGCUUCGGUAGCCAAAGAGGUCAUGCACAAUCAGGGAGCACACCUGAUUCAGCUGUAAUGGGAAGUGGCCAAACACAUUUCACUUAUGAAGAGCUAAUGGAGAUAACCGAUGGAUUCGCGCGGCAAAACAUACUCGGAGAAGGAGGGUUCGGGUGCGUAUACAAAGGUAAAUUACAUGAUGGGAAACUAGUUGCUGUUAAACAGCUUAAGGUUGGUAGUGGACAAGGUGAUCGUGAGUUUAAGGCAGAGGUUGAGAUCAUUAGCCGUGUUCACCAUCGACAUUUGGUCUCUCUCGUUGGAUAUUGCAUUUCGGAUGUCGAAAGAUUGCUUAUCUAUGAGUAUGUUCCUAACCAAACCUUGGAGCAUCAUUUGCACGGGAAAGGAAUGCCGGUCCUCGAAUGGGCUAGGAGAGUUCGAAUCGCUAUAGGUUCUGCCAAAGGUUUGGCGUAUUUGCACGAAGAUUGUCACCCAAAAAUCAUUCACAGGGACAUAAAGUCCGCAAACAUUCUGCUAGACGAUGAAUUUGAAGCUCAGGUUGCUGACUUUGGACUUGCAAAACUCAAUGAUUCAACACAGACCCAUGUAUCGACCCGCGUUAUGGGAACCUUUGGGUACCUAGCACCAGAAUAUGCACAAAGUGGAAAACUGACCGAUAGAUCAGAUGUUUUCUCGUUUGGAGUCGUUCUCUUAGAGCUUAUAACCGGACGCAAACCAGUUGACCAGUACCAACCUCUAGGAGAAGAAAGCUUGGUCGAAUGGGCUCGUCCACUGCUUCACAAAGCCAUUGAGACUGGCGAUUUCAGCGAUCUAGUUGAUAGGAAGCUCGAAAAGCAUUACGUGGAGCAUGAAGUUUUCAGAAUGAUUGAAACUGCUGCUGCUUGUGUUAGGCAUUCCGGUCCAAAACGUCCACGCAUGGUUCAGGUUGUGAGAGCAUUGGACAGUGAAGGGGACAUGGGAGACAUCAGCAAUGGAACCAAAGUGGGACAAAGCGGUGCUUAUGACUCUGGUCAGUAUAAUUCAGAUGUAAUGAAGUUCAGGAAAAUGGCAUUUGGUUUUGAUGAUAGUUCAGAUUCCGGGAUGUACAGUGGAGACUACUCUGUCCAAAGCUCCCGGAAAGGAUCCAACGGAGCCUCCUCUGAGUUCACGAGGAAUGAAUCUGAUAACCGAAACUUCAAUAAUCGCCGGUUCUGA